AUGAAUAAAUCGAUUCUUCGUCCAACAUCGAAAGAUUAUAGUGACAUUGAUCCGGAUGAAGAAAAUGGUGUGAUUUCAUGUAUGAUUGAGAAUAAUCAAGUUAAUAUUGAUGUUAAAACGAUUUCACCAUUUAAAUGUAUUUUUGGUUCAGCUGGUAAAUUACAAGAAGAUCAUCAAACAGCUAUUAUUGUUAUUUAUGGUUGUUGGUUACCUGAUCGUCGUUUAAGAGAAUAUCGUUAUAUUAUGGAUCAAUUGUUUUAUUAUAUUUAUCAUAAAUUAGAAAAAUUAGUAACUAACGAUUAUGUACUUAUUUAUUUUCAUGGAGCAACACCAAAACAUCGAACACCAGAAUUAAAAAUUCUUCGUAAAUAUUAUCAAAUGAUUAAUUUUCGAUUACGAAAAAAUCUUCGUGCUAUUUAUGUUGUACAUCCAACACGAUGGUUACGUGCUGUUAUUGCUCUUUCUCGACCAUUCUUCAGCAAUAAAUUUUAUCAUAAAGUUCAUUAUUUAUUUACAAUUUCUGAACUUGAACGAGAAUUUCCUCAUAAUCCUGUUCCAAUUCCAAUUAUUAUUGAACAUUGGAGAACUUCCUUCGUUAAAAAUUUUUUUCUUCGUAAUCUUUAUUCAGAUUUGAUAUACGACAUUCGAGAGUCAGAUUUUUUCGAUUUUGUUGUUAAUAUCAGUAUAACGGAUUGGCUAUAUUCUCAAAAAUAUGAUCGUCAAAAUGCAAGUAUAAAACGUUCUAUUGAACGAUCAACAUCACAACAAUUUGGUGGACAUGGACACGAAUCAGCUGCUUAA